AUGGUGAAGUUUGUUUUGACCCUCCUCUUCCUGCAUUUGUGGCUUGCGCAUGCUGGCUGGGGCUAUAGUGGUAAGGGUUGGUCCCAGCGAUCGUAUGGCAGCAACUCCAAUGGUGGAAGAUGGCAAAACUGGAGCGAUGGGUCUCAGCGCCCUCCCUUUCAGCCGCAGACUGCCCGCAUUGAGGAAGAGCAAAAAGGACAAGAAGCGGCGACGCAACAGAUCCAUGUCAUCAUCAUCCAGUUCUUCUUCACCAUCAGUCAAGAACCGCCAUAUAGCCGGAAGGAUCUACCCCAAAGUAGUGCUAUGGGCUCCAGAUUGCAAGCUGAGCUUGAAGCACUCCGCAAAGAAAAGGCAGACAGGGAUGCUCAAGCUCAAAAAGAAGCUCUCUUGGCCGAAGUACGUGCUAUUGCUGCAGAAGGGGUGAGGAGUGCGCCUUUGAAAGCCGGUUCCACGCAGCACAUGCCAGAUGGGUCUGUGGCACUGGGAGACACCAAAGAUCAGCUCACACCACCUGAUCGCAUGGCAGUUUUUCACACACUGGAUGGGUAUGAGAAAGUCAAAAAGACCAUGACAUGGCUGGAGCUUGAGGAAACUCUGGCCAGCGAGGAGGAAAGUGUGCUGAAAGAGCUUUACAGAAAGGUGUGCCGCCGCGGUGGGGCUCCCAGAUCGAAACCUGCAAUGGCGCACAAGCUCGUGCAGGGCUUGAAGAAUGCGAUUGCUGAAUUUUCAACUGCUUGA